AUGGGUCUCGACUAUGCACUUGUGCAUGUGAAGUUCACAAUCCCCCUCGCGGGCUUCCUCACUGUCACCGCGAAACCCUUCCUCACCAGUCUCGAUCUGGUGCGCAUCGCCUUCCUCGUUGUCGUGGCCGUGACGGCGACGAUCCCAUGGGACAGCUAUCUCAUCCGCACCGGCGUGUGGACAUAUCCUCCUGACGGCGUCUUGGGAUGGUCCCUCUUUGACAUCCCCGUGGAGGAGCUGUUCUUCUUCGUCGUGCAGACGUACAUCACCUCGCUCAUGUACAUCCUCUGCAACAAGCCCGUCUUGCUGGCCCAGUACCUUGACACGCCCAGCACGAGGAAAGCCUGGGUCCAGAGGGCGAAGACGGCCGGCCAGAUUGCGCUGGUGGCCGCGACAGCAUUUGGGGGCUACCUCAUCAAGCAGAAUGGUGCCGGGACAUACACAGGAUUGAUCCUCACCUGGGCUUGCCCGUUCUUGCUGAUCACCUGGAGCAUGACAGGCGAGAUUCUGCUCACGCUGCCAUGGACAAGCACCCUACUCCCGAUCCUCGCGCCGACCUUUUACCUCUGGGUGGUGGACGAGCUGUCUCUCAGCCAGGGCAUCUGGACCAUUGAGGACAAGACCAAGCUGCAGAGCCAGCUUUUCGGCCAGCUGGAUCUGGAGGAGGCGCUGUUCUUCCUGAUCAGCAACACCUUGGUCGCCUUUGGCAUUGCCGCCUUUGACAAGGCUGUCGCGGUGUGCGACGCGUUCCCCAACAAAUUCCCCCAGCCGUCGGACACGUUGCCGAUCAUGUCGUUGCUGGAGGCGCGCGUUUUGCCCGCCUCGCAAUACGACAUGAAGCGCAUCACGGGCAUCAAGGAGGCGGUCGAGCGCCUGAGGAAGAAGAGCCGCAGCUUCUACCUGGCAAGCUCUGUCUUCCCAGGUCGUAUCCGCAUGGACCUGACUCUACUAUACUCGUACUGCCGCCUUGCCGACGACCUCAUCGACAAUGCAGAGUCCCCCAAAGAAGCGCUCGACUGGAUCUCCAAGCUCAAGGGUCACCUCGACUCGGUCUACUGCGCCCCCAAGGCGGCCAACGCCCAGGACUUUGUGCGCGCCAACUUCCCACCGUCGGCCCACUCUGCGCUGGAGCUGCUGCCCUCUCACAUUGUCUCGGCCGAGCCAUUGUACGCUCUGCUUGAAGGUUUCCGAACGGACGUCGAGUUCACAGCAGAGAGGGAGAGUCCCAUCCGGGAAGAGAGCGACCUGCAGCUCUACGCCGCCCGCGUCGCCAGCACGAUCGGCGAGAUGUGCCUGGACAUUGUCUUUCACCACACGGGCCACAAGGACAACCGACCUUUGCUGUACACCGCGGCCAAAGAGAUGGGCAUUGCGCUUCAGUACGUCAACAUUGCGCGCGACGUGGCCGUCGAUGCUGCCAUGGGACGCGUCUACCUGCCCCAGACCUGGCUAGAGGAGGAGGGCCUCACGGCAGCCGACGUGCUCGCGCAACCGUCCGGUCCCAAGGUCGAGCGCAUGCGCAAGAGGCUGCUGGGCAAGGCCUUUGAGAGGUACAGGUCGUCGCGGGGCUCGAUGGACUUGAUCCCCGGCGAGGCCAAGGGGCCCAUGGUCGUGGCGGUGGAGAGCUACAUGGAGAUUGGCCGCGUGCUCGCUGAGGGCGGGCUGAGGGUAGAAGGCAAGGCCACUGUGCCAGCGUGGAGGAGGAUUGGAGUUGUCUGGAAGACGCUGGUCAAGGCGUGA